UGUGUGUGUUCGCGUGUUCGCGCGCGUGCGCGGGUGCAUUACCCUUCGUCCCCCCGGCGCGGCCGGGAUGCUCUGCUCCUGCUGUUGGUGCUCAUCAUGGAGACCAAACGAGUCGAGAUUCCUGGCAGCGUACUGGACGACCUCUGCAGCCGAUUUAUUUUGCAUAUCCCCAGCGAGGAAAGAGACAACGCUAUACGAGUAUGUUUUCAGAUUGAACUUGCCCAUUGGUUUUAUUUGGAUUUCUACAUGCAGAACACACCAGGAUUACCUCAGUGUGGGAUAAGAGACUUUGCUAAAGCUGUCUUCAGUCAUUGUCCUUUUUUACUGCCUCAAGGUGAAGAUGUGCAAAAAGUUUUAGAUGAAUGGAAGGAAUAUAAAAUGGGAGUACCAACAUAUGGUGCAAUUAUUCUUGACGAAACACUUGAAAAUGUAUUAUUGGUUCAAGGUUAUCUAGCAAAAUCAGGCUGGGGAUUUCCAAAGGGAAAAGUAAAUAAAGAAGAAGCUCCACAUGACUGUGCUGCAAGAGAGGUCUUUGAAGAAACUGGUUUUGAUAUCAGAGACUAUAUUUGUAAAGAUGAUUAUAUUGAACUGAGAAUCAAUGACCAACUAGCUCGUUUGUACAUCAUCCCAGGAAUUCCAAAGGAUACAAAAUUCAACCCAAAAACCAGAAGAGAGAUUCGGAAUAUUGAUUGGUUCUCAAUUGAAAAAUUGCCCUGCCAUAGAAAUGACAUGACCCCAAAGUCGAAACUUGGUUUGGCACCUAAUAAGUUCUUCAUGGCCAUUCCAUUUAUCAGACCACUAAGGGACUGGAUUUCUCGACGGUUUGGGGAUUCCUCAGACAGUGAUAAUGGAUUUUCCUUAACUAGUGGGACAUCAGCUAAAUCUAGUGUGGAGAAAAUGAGUAGAUCUAAAUUUCGCUACAACCAGCAGUUGUUUCCAGAUAAUUCUCCAAGUGACCAGUGGGUGAAACACAGGCAAUCACAGCAACAGAAGCCAUUUAGUAAUCAUUCUGACAUAUCUGAUCUUUUAAAAACAAAGCAGAAUCAGAAUAUGAGAGGAAAUGGCAGAAGACAGUAUCAAGACUCCCCUAACCAAAAGAAGAGAACAAAUAUAGUUCACAAUCAGCAGCCUAAGCAGCAGAACCACACAUUGAAAUGUGAAAAGAAACUUCAUAUAAGGAAACUUCAGGAUAAUUUUGAAACAGAUGCAGUAUAUGAUUUUUCUUGCUCCAGUGAAGACCAGCUACUAGAUCAGGUGGAAGAGCAUUCUAUAGCAUGUAAUGGACACUGCAAGUUCAUGUUUUCAUCAAGAGCUUUUUUGAGCUUCAAGUUUGACCACAAUGCCAUAAUGAAGAACUUUGACCUUUGAGAGAGAGAAGUGUUUAGGAAGUCCCAGGAUCAGAGAUCUAUUGUCAUUGAGUGCUUGUCUAAUUAAGCCUUAUCUUUCUCAGGUGACAAAAAAAUACAGGAAGGCAAUGGUGUUCCUGAAGAGAUUACUCUUUGCAAAAGAAUGGUGUGAAAAUUACUUGCAUUGUAAAUGCAGUAUAACUUUUAUACAUAAAUUUAUCUUUUCAGUGUUCUGCUCUAUAGCUCAGCAUUUUGGUUUUGAGUGUACUUUCUGUGUGGCUGAAGUAUUUUGUGUUCUGGGUUAAAAAAUAUAAUUAAUAUUUUACUAACAUCUUAGAAAAGUUUUAUGUCUAGGCAGAUGGCAGAAUUGGAAAGGAAUAUACCCCCUUUUCUUUUUGGAGUGGGGGGACUGCAAGAGAAUUAUAUAGACUCUGCCUACUAAUUACUGAUUUUUGAUUAUGAUUGCUGAAGUGACAUCAAAUUCAACAUCUCAUCUGCUUUGGAGGCAUUUCAUAAAACUUUUCUGCUUCCAAGUUCUUGGGCUGUUGAAAGCCUUUUAAAGUAUUUGUGAUGAGACAUUAUUGGAGCCUGAUAUCCAUGCUUAUAUUUAACUCCUGGCUCCUUUUUCUCAAAUCUUUAUAAUGUACUUCUUUGAGAUUUUAUACUUAGAAAAUAUAAGUUGCAUAGUUCGGUCCAGUUUUCUCUUCCCUUAAAGACAAAAUAAUUUUUACUGAAGAGAAAAGAAUUGGAUUUGUGAAGAAUAGCAGUGCUAAAAAUUUAACUUCUCUGCUGCAUGUAUGAUGAACCCUGUGAGGCUUAUGGAGUGAGAAUUGAAGGCCUGUACACAGGUGCUGUUUUUGUCUCAUCCUCAUUUUAACUCUUAUUUAGUAUGUACUUUAGUUUUUUUCUUUGCUAUGAUUUUUUCCCCUAAAAUAUAAUAUGUAUAUGUACAAAACCAAUAUUAUUGAAUUUUAUGUAAGGAUCACAUCUCAGAGUGGCUGUAUAGAAAUUGACAUUCUAUUUUCUAAUGGUAGUAGUGUGAUCUAGAGUUACAAAAUUAGACAUGCUCUAGCCCCUGGAUAAUGGAAUGAGAGAAGAGAAGGUAUCUGUUUCAUUUUUGCCUCCAUGUAUGGUUAGGAAAUAAAAAAAAACUAAUAUUUUGUAAUUUCAUCUCAUUCUUUUAGGAAUGUUACUUCAGGAUUAAUGAAUCAUGUCUAAGUAGAUAAUAUGCAUUUGUAGUGAAAAUUUGACUUUAAUUAAGGACAAUCACUAGGGAUGAAGGUGCUUUAAUAUUUUGUGUCUGACCUCAAGUAUGACAUUUGUGUAAGAUGGGUAAAGAAAGGAGAAGGAAUACUUGGGUAUAUGAGUACCCAUGUUUAUUCAUACCUUUGUUUGCUUUUUAAAACAUAUUAUGUGUGGUAUCCACAGUCCCUACUGCCAAAUCUUAUUAUAGGUACCUUUAAUUCUAGAUAGCUAGCCCAUUUAAAAGGAACUCAAUUUAACCAGUAGAAUUUAAGAUAGGAGCUAUUUUAAUAAUCAUGCAUUGGCUUUUAAAUGGGAAAUUUCUAUUUAUUGAGUAAAGUUUUUGACCUCUUUGAUACUGGGCAGGUAGGUGUUCAUUAACAUUAGUAUAUCUAGUAUUAAGAACUCUAGAAGUCUGUAUCUUUUAAUGUGACAAACUUGUGAACUUCCACAAUUUUUAUUUAUUUUUUUAUGCUUUAGAUGAAUGUGAUUGGAAAACUUUUCUGUUACUUUCUUAGAAUAUUGCUUCUUUGCUUGGGUCUUCCUGAGCCAUAUUGUAUAGUUAGUGAGCAAUAUAUGAGCAAUAAGAGAAGAAAACCUUGGUUUGCCCAAAAGGAAUUUUUUUCAUUGUAAUUCAGAAGCCAUUUUUAUUUUUAAAAGUUUUUUUAAUGCCUUGGUCAGUAUUCCUGGUGCCCUGGCACCAUUGUAUUUCCCAAUCAGAAUAUUAAAGCAAAACAGAUCAGCAUUGACCAGAAAUGGAUCCUCCCUUAUUCAUCUAGUUAACAAACAUCUUCAAAAGCUAAAUGUCCUUUUUUAAUAAUAAGUACUUGUGCGCUUUAAUUUUUGAUGUACUAUGAAAACUAUGUAUUAAGGAUGGUAUAAUUAGGAUAGGAUUAUGUUCAUUUCAAUCUUAUAGCUUUAACUAGCUACAAAAUAGUUUGGGAUUAACAUACAUAAAUUAAAACUUACUUCCUUGCACUCUAGGUUAAUCAGGUUUUCAGAGGUGAAAAUGUCCUGAGAAAGGCCAAAUUUAGCACAAAAACUGGAUUUCUUCUUAAUUUAGAGGAAAAUCCAAUAAAAUGUAUGCUAAAGAGAUAAUUAUUUACUUCUUUAUAAGUGUGUUGGAUUUCAGGAAGUUGAAAAAUACUGUUACUGGCUUCAUUUUUAAAAAUGCCUCUGUGAGGCAUUCUCUUUUUGAAUAUUAAAUAUUAUUAGCCUUAUGUGUUCUGAGGUACAAUGCACUGAGAAUAUUUUGCAUUUCAAAAAAAAAUUUUGUAGGUACUUUUAAUAUGUAAUUUUUAUGAUUUGAAGAUUUUAGGUUAAGUAUUUUAUAUUUAAAGUGUAUUCCAAAAUGCAGGAGUACCAUUUUCAUGUUUUGCUGCAAGCCUAUAUGUGAAGACAUGCCAGAUGAGUGAUUUCUCAAAUGAAGACAUACUUCUCUGAGAGAUAGGUAUUUGAGCAGGUGUGAGUGUCUAAUAGAACUAACUGUGAAUAAAUAAGUCCUUAGAGAAAUUUAAAGUUGUGUGAAAACUAAGAGGGUUGAGUUUUUUUUUUAAUUUUUAAAUACUUCUGCUUCAUUCUGUAUUAAUAAAUGAAUUGUGAUGAUCACUUAUUUAUUUGAGCCUUUGCAAACAAAGGCUUUUACUUUUCUACUAAAUAACACAUAAAUAGUUGAUUUCAAAUGAUGAAAAUCUGUAGCAAAAGCCAUUUUAUUUGACAGUGUUGGUAAAGCAUUUUUUAAAAAAGGUUUCAGUAAUUUAUAAAUUUGAAUAUUGGUACUUGGAAUCAUAAAGAUUAAAGAGUCCUGUUUAAUUCAGCAUGUUAUGGUUUGAAUAAUUUCUUGAAGGGUUCUAGUCUUCAGUGUGUAGUAUAUGUUAAAAAUCAUUUUAUUUUCUCCUUUUCCUUUUUGCCUUCCGUCAAGUAAACCCUAUCCAAUCCUAGACUUCCUAGCUCAUUACUGUUACUUAAGUACUGCUUAUUUAGCUCAAAUCACUUUUACAAUAUGAUUAUAUAGUAUGAAUUUAAAUUUGGAAAGAAUGGUUAACAAUUGUCAUGGGUUUAAGCCUAUAAGGUGAGAAGACCAUACUUCAUAGACUAGUUUUAGUGGAAGGAAUAGUUUGCUAAUGAGCAUUAAGAAAGGAAUUUAAGAAGGUACGUUUAUUCUUAUAACCAUUAUGGUUUUAUUUGAUAGGGGGAAAAUUAGUGCUUGAAAGUCUAUAUUUAAGCUAGAUAAUAGUUUAUUUUCCCCUUUAAAUACUAGUUUAUUGAAUAUGAUGGUAAAGCAUAUGACCAAUGCCAUGCUUUCUCCAGCUCUGAAUAAAAUUAAUUAGUAUUUACUAUGAUUGCCAUGUAAUUCAGUCUCCAAAUGAAUCUAAUGGAAGGCAUUUUUUCCCCCCUUUUAAAGACUACCACAGUGUUUGGGACUUAGUUUCUUUCUCUGCUGAUACUGGACCACUUGAGCCAAACUGAAAUAACUAGAAAUAAAAAUUAAGGUGAGCUUUUAAUAAUUGUGUUAUACUUCAUAAACAAAAAUAAUAAUAGGUAGUUAAGUGCUUUGAUAGUAAUAGAUGUGUUUGCUGAACUAUACUCCCUUUCACUCAUUUUUCCUUUCAGCAUAGGGCAUUUGUGAACUAGCAGACAGUAGGAUUUUUAUUUGUGAUCCUAAUUUAGUAGUCAUAUGUUUUGUGCUAAUUAAAGACAUACUUAGAUUUUUAAUAUGCUGCUGUCCUUUGUGUCUAAUAUGCCAUAUUCACUAUCUUUUCUAGUGGUAUUAAUUCCUUUGAACUAAUAUGAUCACACUCAUUCUGUUCCCCUUUAGAACUAAUUUCAUGAUUUUAAAACAUGAUUAAACAGAAGUGUAAUUAAUAGGUACUGUGUAAGCAAAGCAAAUUGGCUCAACAUGGGAAUUGAACUUAUUUUAACCUUCAUUUGAGUUGAUUGGCAUUUUACAGCCUAUGUAAAUAUGAGCAAAAAAAUUCUGGGAUAAAGUUAAAAUUCAAUAGUUAAAUCUACAUAUUAUAAAGAAAAGUCUCUAAAAUAAGACUAUUAAAAGGAUACAUUGCAUUCUUAUAUCAGUUAUAGUUAGCUCAGUGAAUGAACCUCUAAUUAGAAUUGUGGAGGAAAAAAUGUUGUGUAAGGCUGAUUUGGGUGAAAAAGCUGUAUAGCACCUUAGGUUACUUUUUUUUCAAUGGAAGAAUCAAGUCUUGAAUGUAUAUAUACAAGUUGGUUUUUUUUUAAGGUGAGUAAGGAGUUAAGUACAAGAAAAUUCUUGUGUUAUUUUGGUAAACCAUAUAUUCAGUGGGAAGGUAUAGUUAAGAGAACUCUGUAUUCCAGUCAUUUGUUUAUAGACCUCCUAUACCACCUCCACCUUUAAGUUAAUAAACAUAGUAUUGAUCAUUCCCCUAGAAGAACAAGGUGAAAGCCGCAAAUUUCCAGCCAUAAAGAUUUCUGGAUCCUUUUAAAUUCAGUAUGUUGUGAUUUGGAUAAUCUCUAGAAGAGCUUUAGUGUGAAUAUACAUUAAGAACAUCUUCCUCCCCUCAAGAAAUAAAAUAAAACACGACUCAAAUUUGAGUGGUAUAGAAAAAUUAUAGAAUGUUGUGUUGUCUUCUGAGCUUUCUCACUGUAGUCCUCUCUUCAUAUCUUUGUGGUAUACCUGCAGGGAAUUAACUAUUUUACCUUGCAAGAAAUGUACUCACGUACAAAAAAAUGUACAUGUCUCUUCCUUUCAGAAAACCCAGGUAAUAUUUUCCACAAAUUUGGGGUAGUAUAUUUGUAGUAAAAGAAUUUAAUAAUUUUAUUAAUUUUUUUAAAGCAUUGUACAUAUUAGGCUCUAACAACAGUGUAAACUGUAGUAUAAAAACUCAGUGCACACCCAUCUGCACUAAUAUUCCUUCCUUAUGCUUGGAGAAAGCAGAUGUCAAACUUGCUGAAUGGUUGAUUAUACUGUUUAUAGCACCCAACUUUUAUGGUUUUACAUUGAUUUUGAUGAUGGAAAGCAGUUUCAAGGUUCUUACAUGAAAAUGAAAUUUUAAAAACUGUCAAUUUGGUCUAUUUAUGUAUAAUAUGUGAAUUAUACAGUACAGUUCAUGUACUGUUUGUAUGCAUUGAUGGGAAAAACACAAAAAAAAUGCUUAUAUUUCCUUUUUGUGCAUUCUACUACUUUUCAAGCAAUCUGGUUUUGCUGAGCCACAUUGAAAACUGUUGCCUUUAACAUUUAUUUUAUGCUUAUCAUCUGUACCAGAAUAAGCUUCUUAUUGCACAUGUUCAGAGAACAGUUUUGCAUUUAGUGUUUUGCUGACUUUAGAUUAAAACCUGAGAAGAAAACAAAGGGACCUUCGUGUGCCAGCUCUCAAAAGCUGUGAAACACCACACUUGUUUGACCCAAAAAACAGUGGCUAGUAGCAGAAAGAAAAUAUGCAAAAAAAAAAUGAACUCAGACCAUUUGUGAUUCUGUUGUAAAGGAUAAAAUUUAUAAGUUUAAGAAAACUGAUGUUAGUUAUAUAAAGUCUAGGCUCAGUCUGGAUCCCUCCUAUAAAAAGUUAUCCUUUUUUUUUGUUUUUGUUUGUUUUGGGUUUUUUUGUUGUUGUUAUCCUUUUUUUUAAAGACAUUAAGAUAAAUCUUUUCGGAUGGGGGCAAAUGAAACCCUUUUAUGAUCAGUGGAAGUUCUUUUUAUCUCUAAAACAUAUUAAAAUUACAGGUUGGUUUAUAAGAGAAAUUGAAGUUGUGUUGCUAUGGUAAUAUGGUACUCUGUUUAUGAGAAAACAUUUUUUCUCUGUUCCCCAAAUACAUGGGCAUAGCUCAGUUUACAAUUUUUAAAAAAGGACUGAUAGUGUUGAAGCACAACUGUGUUCAGUGAAGCACUUCCCUUUAAAUGGCAAUUGAAAGAAAAUAUUAGUGACUAAAGGAGUUAAUAAAUACAGACUACUAAUCAUGUAUAGAAUCAUUAAGGAAGUAAACUGACUCUUUUUAAGGAAGAGUAAUGCAAGUUUAUAAAUUUCUUUAUUUUCUAAUAACAAUUUGGCUUAUAACAAAUAAUUCUUUUUUUCCAAUUAGAUUAUACCAGGGAUAUUUUUUUUUAAACUGCUUUCUAGGAUAAGAUCCUUGAAGAUGUAUGACAGAACAUUUAAAUUAAUCUAUCCAAGCAGUAAUCAAAUUCUUCUAUAUUUUUUAUUUGUUAAUAUAUAAUAUAUAUAUUAUGUAUAUAAUAUAUAAUGACCCAACAACACACAGACACCAAAAAAGAAACCAGUGAAACCAGUCAGUUUCAACUUAGAGAGAGGCUAAUGCUGACUAGAAAGUUUGUUAUCACAUUUAAUCUUCAUAAGUGGUUGAGUAUUAGAUAGUCCUUAAGUUCUUAUGAUUGAAUUACACCUGUGGGAUUUCUUCUUUUCCCAAAUCGUAAUGAAAUUCACUUGUUCUGUGGGAAAAGGACUAAGUAUUGCUAAAAUUGAGUAGAAAUCUCUCAAAGAUUUGUAAGUAAUUGUGUUAGUGAAAUAAGGAUAUUUAACUAUUUCUACGUUAUGAGACUUAUUAGAGUCCUAAAGACCACCAACAAACAGCAAAGGCAUGUGUUGUUAGUAUUAAGUUAUGUUUAUUUCCUUUUUUUUAUGUAAAAGUAUCAAUUCAGAAUUAAAACAUUUUCAUAUUUUGCUUAAUGUUUAAUCAUAUUUUGGGGGUUUUUUUGUACUUUAAAACAUUUAUUUCUGAUGAGUAUUCAAAUAUUACUUUUUUCUGUAGAAUCAUUAUUGGGUAAAUUUUCUGUAUUCUUGGAGAGAAUGCAUUAUUGUUUGCAUUGUGUGAUAAAUCAAUAAAGUUUUUAGCUCUGGCA